CCGCCCUCCCAGCCGCCUGCUCGCCCGCCCGCCAGCCCGCGCGUCCGACGCGGGGGCCGCCGCCGUCUCUGCGUCCGCCAUGCGUCCCGGGACGCCGGGGCCACUGUGGCCACUGCCCUGGGGGGCCCUGGCUUGGGCCGUGGGCUUCGUGGGCUCCGUGGGCUCCGUGGGCUCGGGGGACCCCGCGCCCGGUGGUGUGUGCUGGCUCCAGCAGGGCCGAGAGGCCACCUGCAGCCUGGUGCUGAAGACUGACGUCAGCCAAGCGGAGUGUUGUGCCUCCAGCAACAUUGACACCGCUUGGUCCAACCUCACUCACCCAGGGAACAAGAUCAGCCUUCUGGGCUUCCUGGGCCUUGUCCACUGCCUCCCCUGCAAAGAUUCGUGCGAGGGCGUGGAGUGCGGCCCCGGCAAGGCGUGCCGCAUGCAGGGGGGCCGCCCGCGCUGCGAGUGCGCGCCCGACUGCGCGGGGCUCCCGGCGCGCCUGCAGGUCUGCGGCUCAGACGGCGCCACCUACCGCGACGAGUGCGAGCUGCGCGCCGCGCGCUGCCGCGGCCACCCGGACCUGCGCGUCAUGUACCCGGGACGCUGCCGCAAGUCCUGCGCGCACGUCCUGUGCCCGCGGCCGCAGUCGUGCGUGGUGGACCAGACGGGCAGCGCUCACUGCGUGGUGUGUCGCGCGGCGCCCUGCCCCGCGCCCUCCAGUCCCGGCCAGGAGCUCUGCGGCAACAACAACGUCACCUACAUGUCCUCGUGCCACCUCCGCCAGGCCACCUGCUUCCUGGGCCGCUCUAUCGGCGUGCGCCACCCGGGCAGCUGUGCAGGCACCCCUGAGCCGUCAGAUGCAGGGUCGGAGGAGGAGGAGGAGAACUUCGUGUGAGCCUGUGGGGCCGGCUUGGGCCUGGCGUUCAAGGCCUCCCCGUUUUAUUUAUUGCCACAGCCGAAUCUAAUUUAUGUCCCAUGGACGCUUCCCAGAGCCUGGACAGGGACCACCUGGGGCGGGGGGGGGGGCCGGGGG